AUCCUAUUUUAGCAACGCUGACGACAUAAUCCGAACUGGCAACGCCAUAGUUUAUUUUAAAACGUGUUUCUUAAAGGGCUUUCAAAAACGGUUUCUUCAUUUCACGACAAGCAUUCGGCACAUGCACUCUGCAGUUAAUUUAUCAUAUAUUUCUGACAAUGGCUCAGUUCUCCAUUGAAAACAGAAUGCGAGCAAUCACGAUGAACUUAAGUGAAGUAAAUCUAAUGUCCAGCAAAAAAGAGAACCAAAUUUCCAAAAAUGACCAGUCAGCCAAAUUAGGAAAAUCCCUGUGUAAUGGCAGUAUUAACAUGAGUUUGAACUGUUCCACAAAUUCACAAAGUGUUGCUACAAAAACUCCAAAAAGAACAGAAACUUCAUUCAGCAACAAAACACCAAAAAUGACUCAAGGUCCCACAUUAGGGAAGCCUAACAGCUGGAAGAGCCCAGGGAUGGGUGCUGGUGUCAUCCGUAAGGCACAAAAUAUACUGGGGGACAGGAUGGUACCUUCCAGAAGCACUACUGACUUUGAAGCUGCUCAUCACAAAAUGACAUCAGAAGAUCCAUCCGGUGACCGUGUUCUCUCCUACCAGACUGUUCAGAUUCCAAAGCCACAAGAGGCUUACAUCAAUCAUCAAAAAGCACUAUAUUCUGCUUCCUCAUCUACACAGAAGAAACCUAGCACCAGGUUCAUCCCCAACACUGCCGACCGUGUUCUUGAUGCCCCAGCAAUGAUGAAUGAUUACUAUCUCAACCUCUUGGACUGGUCCCAGACAAAUUUUAUCAGUGUCGCAUUAGACAAACAGGUCUACCUUUGGAAUGCCGCUUCAGGCGAUAUUCAGGAAUUGAUGGAGUGUGAAGGCGACGACAAUUACAUAUCCUCGGUCCAGUUCACUCAGGAUGGUAGUUAUUUGGCUAUCGGUCUCAACACCGGCUGCGUUGAAUUGUGGGAUAUCCAGCAACAAAGGAGAUUACGCACAAUGGCCGGCCAUGCUGCACGUAUUGGCGUCUUAGCAUGGAAUGAACAUGUUCUUUCUAGCGGCUCGCGAAGUGGUCUUAUCUUCCAUCAUGACGUACGAAUCCCACAGCAUUUAGUUGCUUCCUUGGAAGGACACACCCAAGAGGUCUGUUCAUUGAAAUGGUCUGGUGACCAUAGAUUCCUUGCGAGCGGUGGCAAUGACAACCUCGUCCAUGUCUGGGAGGGUACUAGUGGUCAAAUUACCCGAAACACCCCUCUUCACGUAUUUAAUCAACACCAAGCUGCGGUUAAAGGAAUGGCGUGGUGUCCCUGGCAAAGCAGGUUGCUGGCUACUGGUGGCGGUACGAACGAUCGCUCAAUCAAGCUCUGGAAUAUGAACAUCGGAGAUUGCGUUGACACUAUCGAUACCAAAAGUCAAGUUUCUGGCAUUUUUUGGAACUCGGAGUACCAGGAAAUUAUUUCCUCGCAUGGAUUCCCAAAUCACACUUUACAAAUCUGGAAGUACCCGACAAAGGCAAAGGUUGCAGAAUUGACCGGCCAUGAUGAGCGCAUUCUGCAUCUGGCUAUGUCGCCUGGCGAAACAGCGGUGAUGAGCGCCGGUGCAGAUGAAACCCUUCGUCUAUGGAACUGUUUUCAGACUGACCCGAACAAAAAGAAAGGAAUCGCUGGCCGCAGAAAUGAGCCUCGGUCUGCACUUGACGCCAUGUCCAAUUUUCGAUGACUUUAUCAAACGACGCUUUUAUUACGCGCAUUCCUCAUCCGCAUGCUAGGAUUUUUAACCCCGUAUCUACGAUCUAAUAUAUCAUUAGACGAGAAUCUUUGACAGUUUUCCUGCCAAAUGAAUCAAAUUUACCUUUUAACGCUCAAUUUUAUAGUUUUUAGUGUUUUUAUGAUAAUUUUUUUGCCAUAAUUGUAUUUUUAUAACUACUCGAACAGAGUUUGGAUUUGAAAGAAUACACAUCAAAUUCCUUCUUAAAAA